CUUAUUCUACACAACUUGCUUGCUUUUCUCAGCUGUUUGUAAACUCUUUCUGUGGAUAUUAUUGUAAAAACUUGCCCAACACAAAUCUGAAAUCAAUCCUCAGUCAAGUCUGUUUUUGGAUAAGUCUUAACAAAGAUGUUAAAGAAACGAGAUGGAUUUGUCUUGCUGUUCAUAGUUGUUACCCUACAAACUAUAACAGAAAUUAAUAGCAAGAAGAUGAACUCAUCCAACCAGCACCAAGAGAUUAAAAACCUGGCUGCAUCAGUUGAUCAUUUUACAUCCAGCCUUUUUCAAGAAAUGGUCAUAGGAACCAAUGAAAAUGUCUUCAUGUCCCCCUUCAGUGUUGCUACCAUUUUAUCAAUGGUUUAUUUAGGAGCAAAACAAAACUCAGCUGAGCAGUUGAAAAAUGUUUUGAAUGUAACUUCAACACCAAAUGAUUUAGCUUUGGCUUAUAAAAAAUAUUUUUCGGUUCAGAAGAAUUCAAAUGAAGCUCACAUGAGUAAAUCGGUGAAUCGUUUGUAUGUUGAGGAUAAAUUCCCUAUUUCAGAAAGCUAUAAGCACAAGAUUUCAGAAUAUUUUUUCACGGAUGUUAAAAAUGUAGAUUUCUUUAAAAAUGCUGAAAGAAUAAGAAUUGAUAUUAAUAAGUGGGUGAAGAAUGAGACUUAUAACAAAAUCACAGAUCUGUUACCAAGUAAAAGUUUGUCCUCUGAUACAGUGUUACUUCUCGUUAAUGCCAUGCACUUUGAAGGAAUGUGGGCUGCAAGAUUCCCAGAAAGAGUAACAUCAUCUAGAGAGUUUCAUCUAAGUUCUGGCAAGACUGUAUCUUGUGAUUCUAUGUUUAUAUCUGAAGAUUUUAAUACCAAAAUAAGCCAGAACUAUAAAGCUGUAGAGUUACCUUACAUGGGAGUGAAAUUUAGUAUGUUUGUAAUUCUUCCUAAUAAAAUGGAUGGUCUUGCUGCUUUAGAGAAGGAAAUUAAUGCACAAUUUCUCAAAGAAACUAAAGAGAGAAAAGGCUUUGAACGAUUAGCUCUGGAGUUAUAUUUACCAAAGUUUCAUUUUCAAAGUGCUUUCGAGUUAUCUGAUACUUUACAAAAACUUGGUCUUUCUGAUAUUUUUGAUGCCAGCAAAGCGAAUUUAUCAGGAAUAAGUAGUGAGAAGGAUUUGUAUGUGAGUAAAUUCUUUCAUAAAACAUUUAUUGAUGUAAAUGAAAAAGGAACAGAUGCUCAUGCCGCAAGCGGAGAAGUGGUAAUUGAUCCAGUAUCAGCCCAGACUGGAACGAAAUUUGAUGUUAAUCACCCGUUCAUAUUUUUAAUUGCUGACAGAAGAACUGAAUUGAUUUAUUUCAUCGGCAAGGUAACAAACCCAGCAGCUUAAAAACAUUUCCCUUCCCAUCACCCUAUCAAGAAAUGGUAAAAUGAUAAACCUUACAACAUUAUAGGGUGUUAUAAUUUUAACAAAGUAGAUUUGAUUGAAAUUAUUCAAAAACUUUAUUGGGAAUACCAAAUAAAAAGUUUUUAAAAUACAUUGAAAGCUA